AUGGAUAAAACCCACAUAAUAGCUCUAGCGAAAAACAUUUUGAAUGAGGUCCCGAAAACCCUUGUUACUGAUGUUCAGAUUCCAAAACUUUCGCCAUGCUCAUUAUGUGACGAGGGUGAGAUUUUUUCAAACCCGCAUGCCAUACUUAGAGCAUUCACCAUGACCCUCUGUGGCCACCUCUUCCACCAACUUUGUCUCGAAAAACAUCUUUUACAAUCAGAACCAAGGUGUCCUGUCUAUAGGUGCAACAAAGAUAUCGAAACGACCCUCUCACCAUCCGAAACAGAACUGCAAGAAGAUUCAAUGGAAAUAUCACCGCAAAUGACAGAGGCCGGCCGUGGAAAAGAUACAUCAUUAACUAUAGACGAACGCAGAAGGGAUCCUAUAUUAUUCGAGAGCAACGCCGAUAUUGGACUUUCUCAAGCUUUACAAAAUAAAGACGCCUCCUCUUCAGCCAAAAAUGCUAUUGAACCAACUUCUGAAAUAUGCUCCAA